GUUUCCAUUCCGAUUUCAGUCUCAGUUCGAUUUCGUUUGAUCUGGUCUGCGGUUGUGUCUAUAGAGAUAUUUUCCCGGCACCAUGAAGGGCUGGAUCUGGUUUACGUUUGCCGCGUGCCUCUUUGUGGCAAGUACAGAAGCUGCCUCCAAUUUGGUCUGCUACUAUGACUCUUCGAGUUACAUAAGAGAAGGCCUGGGCAAGCUGCUUAAUCCCGAUCUGGAAAUUGGUGUACAAUUCUGCACCCACUUGAUCUACGGCUAUGCCGGAAUCCGUGGUGAAAACCUCCAGGCGUACAGUCUGCGCGAGAACCUGGAUAUCUACAACCAUCAGUUCUCCGAAGUGACCGCCCUUAAGAGGAAGUACCCCCAUCUGAAGGUUCUAUUGAGUGUGGGCGGUGAUCACGAUAUCGAUAUUGAACAUCCCAACAAAUAUAUCCAACUGUUGGAGGGCGAGAAGGUUCAACAAGUUGGAUUUAUCCGAUCGGCCUAUGACUUGGUGAAGAACUACGGUUUUGAUGGCUUGGAUCUGGCCUAUCAGUUCCCCAAGAACAAGCCCAGGAAGGUUCACGGUGAAUUGGGCUCGGCCUGGAAGAGUAUUAAGAAGCUGUUUACCGGAGAUUUCAUCGUAGAUCCGCAAGCCGCACUUCAUAAGGAACAGUUUACUGCUUUUGUUAGGGAUGUCAAGGACUCCCUACGAGCUGAUGGCUUCCUUCUCAGCCUGACUGUAUUGCCCAAUGUCAACUCUACGUGGUACUUUGACAUUCCCGCUCUGAAUGGCCUUGUGGACUUUGUGAACCUGGCUGCCUUUGAUUUCCUCACUCCUCUUCGCAACCCCAAGGAGGCGGAUUAUAGCGCCCCCAUCUAUCAUCCCGAUGGAUCGAAGGAUCGCUUAGCCCACCUUAAUGCUGAUUUCCAGGUGGAUUACUGGCUGCGUCAGGGAUUCCCAUCGAAUAAGAUUAAUCUGGGAGUGGCUACCUAUGGAAAUGCCUGGAAACUGAGCAGCGAGUCUGGUCUCGAUGGAGUUCCAGUUGUGCCUCAUACCAAAGGUGUAGCUCCCGAGGGUGUUCAGUCCCAGACACCUGGCAUUCUUAGCUAUGCCGAGAUCUGCGGAAAGUUGUCCAAUCCCCAAAAUCAAUUCCUCAAGGGCAACGAUUCACCGCUGCGAAGGAUUUCUGAUCCUACCAAAAGAUUCGGUGGUAUCGCCUAUCGUCCUGUAGAUGGUCCAAUAACCGAAGGCAUCUGGGUGAGCUACGAUGAUCCCGAUUCGGCCUCCAACAAGGCAGCUUACGCCCGUGCCAAGAACCUAGGAGGCGUGGCUCUCUUCGAUUUGAGCUAUGAUGAUUUCCGUGGACAGUGCACAGGGGAUAAGUAUCCCAUCCUGCGGGCCAUCAAAUAUCAUUUAGCCUAUUUAAACUAUGAGUCGGUGGGCUUUAUCUCUAGUCAGAGGUAUUAUCUCUUUCUUUUUUCUAUGACUGGCUCUCUUUGGCUCAGUUUGGCACUGGGUCUGGCCGUAUUAGCUCAGUACAAUGUGAGCGCCGCUCCUAAUCUGGUUUGUUUCUAUGACUCUCAGGGCUUCCAGCGUCAGGGGCUGGCUCAGUUCUCGAUGACCGAUAUGGAACUGGCCCUGCAAUUUUGCACCCAUUUGAUCUACGGCUAUGCUGGUGUUAAUGCCGAUAACUACGAAAUGCAGAGUAUCAACAAGAGAUUGGAUCUGGAGCAGCGUCAUCUGGCUCAGGUUUCUGCCCUGAAGGAGCGUUAUCCCCACAUCAAGUUCCUUUUGAGUGUGGGUGGAGAUGCAGAUCAGAACGAUGGCAACCAGUACAUAAAACUCUUGGAAUCGGGUCAACAGGGUCAUAGGCGGUUCAUUGAAUCCGCUCGUGAUUUAAUAAGGCGUUACAAUUUCGAUGGCCUGGACUUGGCCCUGCAACUCCCCAGGAAUAAGCCACGUAAAGUUCACGGCGAUGUUGGUUCCGCCUGGAAGAGUUUUAAAAAGUUUUUCACCGGCGAUUUCGUUGUGGACACCGAAUCGGAAACCCACAAAGGACAGGUGACUGCCCUGAUCAAGGACUUGAAUGCCGCCCUUAAGCAAAAUGAUCUGCUUCUGAGUCUCACUGUUUUGCCAAAUGUUAACUCAAGCUGGUACUACGAUGCCCCUUCGAUCGCUCCCAGCUUGGACUUUAUUAAUCUGGGAACCUUUGACUUCCUCACCCCGCAACGUAAUCCCGAGGAGGCGGACUUUACGGCGCCUACAUACGAGGCCGUCGGACAGAAUCGCUUGGGACACUACAAUCUAAACUACCAAAUGGAACACUGGCUGCUCCAGAGAGUUCCGGCUAAUAAAAUAAAUAUUGGUAUUGCCACAUAUGGUAGAUCCUGGAAGAUGUCCAAGGAUUCAGGGGACUCCGGAAUGCCAGUGGUUCCUUCGACUGAAGGACCUGCUCCAGCAGGACCUCAGAGCAAAAAGGAGGGCCUUCUCAACUGGGCUGAGAUUUGCCAGCUGAUGCCGAACCCCAGUAAUGCCAAUGCCAGAGGAGCUGGUGCUCCGAUCAAAAGAGUUUUAGAUCCCACUAAACGCUAUGGUAGCUAUGCCUUCCGUGCCGCUGAUGAGAAUGGAGAGUAUGGAUUGUGGGUCAGCUACGACGAUCCGGAUUCGGCAGCCAGCAAGGCUCAAUAUGCUCGUGUCAGAAAUCUGGGAGGAGUGGCUCUGUUCGAUUUAACCCAGGAUGACUUCCGUGGUCAGUGCACCAACGAUCGCUUCCCCAUGCUGCGUGCCAUCAAGUACCGACUUCUCUAA